CUCCAAUUUCACAAACCUCUUCAACUCGCCCCCAGCGAUGAUAGUUCCACCGUCGCUCGUGGCGCUGCCUGCCGUGCAGACCGUCACCGACUGUGCAGACUUCUCCCUUUCCAUUGUCCCCUACCUCCCGCAGCUACGACAGCUCCCCCAGCUUGUCUGGCAACACAUUGCCGACGCCGAUGCCCUGAGGGCGCUCUAUGUGUCCACGAACCCUGCAAUCACGGCGCUUGCGUUUGCCUUGUUUUUGACGCCUCUGGUCCUUGUCGUCUCUGAGUUCAACCGCAACUAUUCCCAGGUCGACAGGCUCUGGAGCUUCCUCCCGGCAAUCUACAAUGCACACUAUACUCUCUGGGCGCACAUGGCUGGGCUGCACACUGAAAAGCUAGAUCAUAUAAUGGCAAUUAGCACUCUCUGGAGCAUACGUUUGACGUUCAAUUACUGGAGGAAGGGAGGCUACUCAGUAGGAUCUGAGGAUUACAGAUGGGAAGUCCUAAAGCCGAUUCUUGGACCGACGUUGAUGUUCAUCUUCAACGUUCUGUUUAUCUCCCUGGCCCAAAAUCUUCUGCUAUUUGCUAUAACCACGCCCACUUACAUAAUACUCUUGACAUCCAGAGUUAUCGGCAGCGAAAUGGGCACUGUCGACAACGUCUUCUCCCGACUCAUGUUCUUCCUAGUUCUCGUUGAGUUUUUCGCCGAUCAACAGCAAUGGAACUUUCAACAAGCCAAGAAAAAGUACCAAAACACCGCCAAACCUGCUUCGAAUUAUACUCGCGAAGCCCUGGAUCGCGGAUUCGUGACGUCUGGGCUAUGGGCAUAUUCAAGACACCCGAAUUUCGCGGCCGAACAGGCCUUUUGGGUCGCCCUGUACCAGUGGGGCUGUUUCCAAACAGAGGUCUUCGCAAACUGGACUUUCGUGGGGGCCAUUGGGUAUCUCGUGCUGUUUCAGGCGAGCACAUGGUUCACAGAGAGAAUAACGGCCAAAAAGUAUUCGGACUACAAGAUCUAUCAGAAGAGUGUUGGAAAAUUUCUGCCUGGCUGGAACUCCAAAAGUGGAAGCCAAUUCCCUUAAUCGCAGCGAGUGGCUUUGUAGAGUGAUAGUCGAUUAAUAAGGCUGAGAAUACCCCUAGCUAGCCACAUUUACUUAAUAACCUGCGAACCGCAUACACUAUGUUCGCUACAAAUACUGCGUCACAUUUUAGAAGGAAACCAAUAAUGCGCACCUAUUCUUAGUAGUUACACACGCCGUUGUUAAUAAAUGCACAGCCUUUAC